AAACUGGGCCGUAGGAUUUUGACAAAAGGAAACGGUUUCUCUUCAAAUCUAUCUUCGUCCCCUUCCCCAUCGCUCAUCGUCCUCUAAAUUAGGGUUUAUCGAAACAGAAAGAAGAGUCGAUUAGCUUCUUCACUCACUUCUUCUCCUUCGUUCUAACCGUAAUCGCAACUCCGAAGAUCCCAAGAUGGCUCGUAACGAGGAGAAAGCGCAGUCGAUGCUCAACAGGUUCGUCACCAUGAAAGAGUCCGAGAACAAGAAACCGAAAGAGCGUCGACCUUACCUCGCCUCCGAGUGCCGAGAUCUCGCCGACGCAGACAAAUGGAGGCACCAGAUCAUGCGAGAGAUCAGCCGCAAAGUCGCCGAGAUCCAGAACGAAGGCCUAGGCGAGCACCGUCUCCGCGACCUCAACGACGAGAUCAACAAGCUUCUCCGAGAGAGAUGGCACUGGGAGCGUCGCAUCGUGGAGCUCGGAGGACCUAAUUACAAUCGCCACGGCGCGAAGAUGACGGAUCUGGAGGGAAACAUCAUCGACGUGCCGAACACGAGCGGACGCGGUCCUGGCUACCGUUACUUCGGGGCGGCGAAGAAGCUCCCCGGAGUUAGGGAGCUUUUCGAGAAGCCGCCGGAGCUGAGGAAGAGGAGGACGAGGUAUGAUAUAUAUAGGAGGAUAGACGCGGGGUAUUAUGGGUAUAGGGAUGAGGAGGAUGGGGUUUUGGAGGGGUUGGAGAGGGAAGCGGAGGGGGAGAUGAGGAGGAGGGAGGUGGAGGAGUGGAGGAGGUUGGAUGAGGUUAGGAAGGAGGCGAGGAAAGGGGCGAGUGAGGUUGUGAGUGUUGGAGCUGUGAAGGAGGUUUUGUUUGAGGAGGAGGAGGAUGUUGUGGAGGAGGAGAGGAAGGAGAGGGAGAAGGAAGAGGAGAAGGAGAGGGAGUUUGUUGUGCAUGUUCCUUUGCCUGAUGAGAAGGAGAUUGAGAAGAUGGUGUUGAUGAAGAAGAAGAUGGAGUUGUUGAGAGAGUAUGCUAGUGAUGAUUUGGUUGAGCAGGAGAAGGAGGCUAAAGCCAUGCUCAAUAUCCAUAGAUAGAGUAGAACAAGGCUAAAUCCACUUAGAUGCGCUCUUCUGAUGGCAAACCCAUGUGCUCAACCUAAAGAAGCGAUGGAACCAAGUUAGGGGACACUAUGUUGGAACAAUGAGGCAUGGAAAAAAAACACUAGUAUGCUCUUAUGCUAGCUCUACUUUUAUAGUGUCUGUAUUUUAAUUUCUUUGCGGUCACAGAAUGACUUCUUACUCUUGUUCGCAGUCAUUUUUAUGAAUCGGAUUUCUUCUUCUUGUCACAACCAAAAUCCAGUCUUUUGGUUUAAGACAGAUGCAGAAACAUAAGUUGAAACUACCCAUUAGCAUUUGUCCAUGUGUUAGCAGGCAGAAAACAAAAUCUUUACUGUUCAUUCUCAAAAAUAUUUGUUGUACUCUCUUUAGUGAA